AUAGGAUCUAGCCAUCUCACUAUGAGCGGGCUAGAUUCCCUCGGCUGAAAGGACUAGGUCCCUUCAGUCAAGGGAGUCUAGCCACAACCGCAGAAUUUAUCGUUUCCGAACGAAACUGAAACCCAACUUUUUGUAAGCUCAACGUUUUACUGAAAACCGAAACCGAAACAAAAUUAAGACUGUAUAAAGUCUUAAAAUGGAUGCUGUUAUACUGACGAUCCUUAUCGUUUUGCCAAGGCUGAUCACUGCAGAGGAGAAUAAGUGGACCUCUGAGAAGUGCUCCAAAGAAAGCAAAAGUCUUUUAAGUACCCUCUGGGAUAACAAUAUUGAUAUUGUGAAGGAAACUGAGCACACAGACUUUCUAAUAUGCAUGACAAAUGGAUCUCUAGUAGCAGAACGGUACAUGAAAUUCAUCCUGCAGGACAUAUAUUAUGUAAAGCACCUCACAAAGCUUCUGAGUAUCCUAGCUAACAGCUCAGAGCCACGGAAGGACCUUCAUGAAUUCUUCAAUAACAGGAAUGCCAGUUACAGCAGAUUCGCAACAAGCUUACUGAAAGGCUUUGGAUUUCAGGACUUUUCUGAGCUCCUGCCAUCUGCAGCAAUAAAGGCUUACAUUGAGAGUUAUCAAGCCCUAAUGAUGGAAGAUCCCAUAUACUUUGUCAUCGGCUUACUGCCUUGUGCAAUGCUUUGGCCUUACAUCGCACAAAACCUCCAGAUCAGUGAUUCAAGUCCUUAUAUUAACUUCAAAAUUAACAACAUGGCUGAUAACUCAAGAAAGCACUACGAGAAACUUCUUGAAACCCAUCGUCACACAAUGGAUGAAAAAAAAGCAAAUGAAAUUUUCAGGACUCAAAUGGAGCAUGAAAAGUCCUUCUUUGCUGAAUCAUAAGAUUUUGGUUCUAAAUUGAGGAUAAUGAAUCAUGACAUUGUGAUUCUAAACUGACUACAAUUCUUUACCUUCCUAGGUGUGGUGCUUUGAAAUUCUCUGGUCAUGAAAACGUUCUUUCAAGAAAAGAUUACCUGUGGUAAAUCUCCUUUCCUUAGGAUGAGUGAAGUGAAAGGCAUGAUCCUAAAUGAUUAUCCCACUACUCUUGUUUACAGUUAGCAUAAAUAUUAUGUAUAUUACUGGGAUGUGUUAAACAUGUAAAGGAAACAAAAAACACUUAGUAGCUUUACGAUAUGGCAUUUAGUUGUACCUUUUAAAAUAUCUUAUGAUUACAAGUUCAUAGUUAAGUACUUGGCUAGCUAUCCUCAUGGGCCAUUUUUAGGCUAGUCAAUUUCCUUCAGUGAGAAUCAAACCUUUUACUUCUUGUUUUUGACAAACACCUUAACAAUUAUAACACCCCAACACCGAGGACUUAUAAAAAGGAACUGAUCACAUGGGUGUAGCGUAAGAAGCUGACUAUGAUGAGAUAAUACAGAUCUGAGUGCCAGAACUUCUACAGUCAGGACAAAGGAGAAGGUUAAAACUGAUAGACUGAAGGCUGCCUCUCCUUUCCUGGGGGAGGUGGAAUUGUUUGCUACAGCCAAAAGCUGGAUUAUUUGGUUUCCUAUGAGGUGCAGCAACCUCAGACUUUUUUUAUAAUAUGAAGGGUGGAUGGAUAGUGAAAAGCUAUGGCCUCCAGCAUGGAAGAUUAUGGAGCCAUGCCACUAAAGGAAUUUACAUUCAAGAUUUCCAACAAAUUCUGCAUUCACCCAGACCUUCCUUCUUACAACACUGUCUUUAAUCAUAAAUAUAUAUUUUUACACACAGCCACGUACACACAUUUACUUACACCAUUGUAUGUACACACCAGCACUCAUGUCAGAACUCAUUAAAUCUAAACUGCUGCUAUACAGCAACUGUUUUUUUGCAAGUUUAGCUUGUGCUGUAUGGUAUUGUAUUGUCAUAUAUUAUAUUUUAUUGUAUUGUA